AUGGCAAAAACAAUACAUUCUAUCGCUAAAAUAUUUAAAGAUCAUAUCGACACGAUGCCAAAUAUCCCUUUCCUUGACGUUGCACCUAUAAUUGAUCAAAUGCCCAACACACGAUGUGUUCUGAGUCCACCAGGGGCUUUCUAUUACAUUAUAAGAUCUACAAUUAAUCAAGCAGGCCUUAACACUUACUCGUCAAUAAUUUUCGAUGAAGCCAUAUCAUGCACAACUCGGUGGAUUUGGGCCACGUUGGAUGAAAAUGAAAGAGAACGUUAUCGCUCUCUCUCAAUGCGAGUAAAUUAUGCGAACGGAAAUGGGCAACAAUUAGCAAAUAAUGCGAACGGAAAUGGAUGA